GCAGUGAGGUGAAGCCAUAGCAUUGGGAAGGAAAAACAUUUGAUCUCAAUCUAUCAAGUUAAUCUCUUUUCAGCUUCUUUUUAGAGACAUUCUUUAAUUUUUCUUUGCUUGUAGCUCCCUUACUCUUCUUCACUCUCUGUUGUUCUGAACCACUUCUUAUAGGGUGGGUUCCAGGGUGCAUUAUGGACUUCUUUCCUUCCUGAUUGUCUAUAUUUGAGGUGGAUAUUGGAAGUGAGAGAGUACUGAAACAUUCUUGAAAGUGUUCACUUACAGUAUUAUUAUAAUAGUAGGGAGGAGGAGGAAGAAGAGGAUCCCCAGUAGUGGUAGUCUUUAAAGCCCAUCCCUGGGGGAAACUGAUACUCAUUAUUAAACCAUUACCAUCCUACCAAUCUGUACCACCUGCAGUUGCCAUUCUGUCCAUACUGUAGUACCAAUAUCUAUUUAUCUUGUUUUUCAACUUUUUACUUACUAAUAACCAAUAUUGCUGUUUCUCUCCCAACUUCUCUUAUUUCUGUGUAUUGGAAUAACAUUCAGUAUGAAUAAGAGAGGAAAAUACACAACAUUGAAUUUAGAGGAAAAAAUGAAGGUCUUGAGUAGAAUUGAAUCCGGGCACUCUCUUAAAAGUGUAAUGGAUGAAUUUGGAAUCAGUAAAUCAACAUUUUAUGACAUUAAAAAAAAUAAGAAAUUGAUUUUGGACUUUGUGUUAAAGCAAGAUAUGCCAUUAGUUGGAGCAGAGAAAAGAAAAAGAACAACAGGUGCCAAAUAUGGUGAUGUUGAUGAUGCAGUAUACAUGUGGUACCAACAAAAGCGUUCAGCUGGUGUUCCUGUUAGAGGUGUAGAACUUCAGGCUGCUGCUGAGAGAUUUGCACAGUGUUUUGGUCGAACAGACUUCAAAGCCAGCACUGGUUGGCUUUUCAGAUUUCGAAAUAGGCAUGCAAUAGGGAACCGAAAAGUAUGUGGGGAGCAAAUUCUGAAUUCAGUUUCAGAAAAUGUUGAACCAUUUAGACAAAAGCUAUCUUUGAUCAUCAAACAGGAGAAACUAUGUCUGGCACAGGUGUACAAUGGGGAUGAAACCGAUCUCUUUUGGAAAUCAAGGCCAGAAAAUAUUCAGGCAAACAAAAAAGAUAUAUGUAUGCCAGGACAGAAAAUAAACAAAGAACGAUUGUCAGCCCUCUUGUGUGCAAAUGCAGAUGGGACCCACAAGUUGAAGUCAGUUAUUAUUGGAAAAUCAAAGCAGCCUAAGUCUAUUAAGGAUGAUGUAAAUGCUUUAUCAGUGAUAUACAAAUCCAGUAAGGAUUUCUGGUUCACCAGAGAAUCAUUUUCAGAAUGGUUCUUUCAAAACUUCAUUCCUGAAGUUAGAGAUUUUCAGCUUAAUGUCCUGGGAUUGGAUGAAAAGGAUGUAAAAGCAGUGUUACUCCUAGAUAAUUCUCCAGUCCAUCCUUCAGCUGAGUCUCUAAUUAGUAAUGAUGGGAGAAUCAAAUGUAUCUUCUUCCCCCCAAAUACUACAUCAUUGAUUCAGCCAAUGAAUCAGGGUGUGAUCUUGAGCUGCAAACGACUUUAUAGAUGGAAACAGCUUGAAGAGAGUCUAGUAAUUUUUGAAGAGAGUGAUGAAGAACAGGAAACAGGAGAAAAAGCAGUUGCAAAAAUCAAAGCUUAUAACAUAAAAAAUGCAGUUUCUAACUGGGCAAAGAGUUGGGAUGAAGUAAAGCAAAUAACAAUAGCAAAUGCAUGGGAAAAUCUACUUUACAAAAAAGAACCAGAAUAUAACAUUCAAGGCUUAGAAGAUGGUGGUUAUAGAGAAGUUCUCGAAAAAUACAGUGACCUGGAGACCAAUUUAGAUGAUGUCAGGGUGUGGUUAACCAAAGGUAAUGAAGCUCACUCCCCCAAAAUGGAAGAUGUUACUAGGCAAGUUACCCAGGAAAAAGGGGUUGUUGAGGAGGUAGAACAUCAUUCAGCAAAGUUUAAAUUAUCUAGCAUUCGAGAGAAUUUGGACUGUCUUCUUAACUUUGUUGAUGCCACACCAGAGUUUCAUAGAUUCUAUUUUACACUGAAAGAGAUGCAACAAGAACUAAUCAAAAAACAAACCCAGAGAAGAGCCCGCUCUAAAAUUGUUAACUUUUUAAAACCAAGAGUAUGUAAUAUUAAAGAUUCCUUUAAUUUGCCUUCAACUUCUGGGUCCAGUAAUUAAGUCUUCUAUGUUAAAAAGCUUGUGUUUGAUAUCUGUUUGAUAUAGCAGGCUUGGUAUAAAUUGCAAAUUUUUUUAUUAACUUCACAUUACUUAUGAGUGCCCAUUUAUAUCUUUAGUUUACAUUAUGUGUAGUACUUGAAAGUAAUAAAGUUGCAUUUCUUUUAAAAAACAUUCUCCAAUUUGUAUAUUUACUAUUUCAGACAGUGGAGAUAUUGUAGCGCUAGGGGAAAAAAACGCAUUGAGAAGCAUAAUGUGGAAAAGUCUUUAAUUCAAAUCUUAAUAUCGUUUCCUAUCAAGAUAAUACACAAAGAGCAGGAGAUAGAAUUGUUAGCAAGUAAAAGUAAUAUAAAAAUGUGCUAGUGAGCAUUUUUUCAUAUGAGACUUUUAAAAAUAUAUGUUACGCGUAUAUCACUGGGCAUUGGGAGAUUAAAAAUAUAUGUUACAUUAUAUCACUGGGCACUGGGAGAUUAAAAAUAUAUGUUACAUGUAUAUCACUGGGAGAGAUAAAAGUUUAUAUAACACAAUUCUAUUGUCAUUGAGCAGUCUGGUCAGGGAAUAAGACAAUAUAAAAUAUAUAUAUACAAGAGAUAUGCAAACAAAUGAAAUUCAAAAGGGCAAAGGCUUCAUGGAAAUGAGUUAGACUUUGGAGAAUAGUAGUCAUUCAGCAGAUGGAAGGGACAUCUAGAUGGUAGAAGCAGUUCCUCUCAGGCAUUGGAAAUAGGAUGAGAAAAUAAAAGAAUAGAGGUGAGAAAACAACCUAUUUGGCUUCUGGAAGGGGAAAAUGUGAGUUAGAGUUGGAAAAAUAAUGUGCCAAUUUGUGGAGAGCCCUGAAUCUGAAUACCAGGCUUGAAGAGUUUGGUCCUUUUAGUACAUAGUAGAGUAAUAAUGAAGAAUUUUGAGUAGAAGAGAGCUAUGACCAGACUUUGUAUAAUGAAGAUGUGUCUAGCAUCAAUGUUAAGUCAUCAAACGUUUAUAAAUUGCUUACUGUUUGCCAGGCACUGUUAACUGCUGAAAAUUCAAGAAAGGCAAAAAAAAAUUCAUGCUAUCAAAGCUUAAAGUCUAAUGGGGGAGACAAUAGGCAAACAAUUAUGUUCUAAUGAGAUAAAUUGGAGGUAAUCUUAAAAGGCAUGAGCAUCAAGGCAGAUUGGUUGAGACUUGUGUCAAGGUAGGUUUUUAGCUCAGCUGCACAGACCACGUGUAACUUGACAUUGUUGCUUCUGUUUGGGAAGCUAGGGAGAGGAAUCCCUUAAAUAAUUAUUUGCUUCAGGAUGCAAUGGAAAUGUUUUAAAGGAAGUCCUCAAGAACUGACAAUUCCAAAGUAUAUCUACCUUGCUCUUUAAGAAGAGUAGCCAUUUCCUAACCAAACCCCUCAUAACUCUUGUGCCUUUCUUUUGUUAUUUCCUGUUCUCUGUAUAGCUUAUUUGUAUAUAUGUUUGCAUGUUCUUUCCCCCAUUAGAUUGUAAAUUCCUUGGGGUAGAGAUUAUCUUUUUGUCUCCCUAGUGCUUAGCAAUGAACCUAGCAUAUGGGUGAUUAAUAAAUAUUGAUUGAAAUUUCCUAUGUCCAGUCACCUUAAUUGGGGAUUCCUCAUUCACUGCUCUAAUAUUUUUCCUCUUAUUAGAUACUUGUUUGAUUUGAUAAAUCAAUUGGAUGCUUUGGAAUACAUUGGCCCAUAUCCCCAAAUUUGGACAACUUUGAUAAUUUGGAGAGCAUCUAGAAGUCUUUUUGAGAAUAGCUUUUAAUUGUCAACUGCCAUGCAGUGAGUCUCAACAAUGCACUUGAUGAACAAUCUUUAGACACUCCUAAAUGUAAGGAAAUGGCAAACCCCUCCAGUAUCUUUGCAAAAAACAAACAAACAA